AUGGCUCCGUCCAAUAAACCAUUGUCCCAUAAAGAGAUUUGGGAUGAUUCGGCUCUCAUAGAUUCGUGGAACGACGCGCUAAAAGAAUAUGAGAAAUAUCAUAGUAUACACAGGAAUGGAGGCAACGUGGAAGAUCUUCUAAAGUCCGACGAAACAACUCCGGAUGCCAAGGACGAGACGGAAAAGGCUCAUCCCCUCGAAGCUGAUUCCGAAAUGGGAGUUGAAGCUACUAAUGGCAGACAAGAGAGCGGAACGUCAACUUCCCAGCACAGCCACCCGCUUGGUGGAGGUCCCGGUCCUGGAGGGCUACUAGGUUCAGUGCGUGACGAAGGCCUCAAGAGACUAUUGAUGUCGUGGUAUUAUGCAGGCUACUACACAGGCCUUUACGAGGGCCAGCAGAACCAGACUCAGCAACAAACAUCUGAAUAG